AUCACUGAAGAAACCAAACACAAAAAUUAGUUGGGUGGCAGCCAUGGCUGACAAAGAACCAGAGGCCCCAGACGAGCUUGCCGACUCACUCAACGAUCUCUUCACCAGUCUCACCUCGAUGGUCGAAUCUGAACUCCAGGGUACAAACAACAUUUUGGAGCUAUUGGAGAAGAUGAACGUGAGAGUGGCGGAAGAAUACAAAGGAUUUGGGGAUGUGGCAUCUGGGUUAAGGGUAUUUGUUGAACGGCUCAAAAACAAGAGUGGCAACUUUGAUGAAUAUGUUCAACAGAUUGAUGCAAUUGAACAGCAAGUCACUGAGUUUGAAGCUGUAGUUUCUGUUCUUGAUCGAUAUGUGUCUUUGUUGGAAUCUAAAGUACAAUCUCUUUCCCAACAUCCACCUCCAUAACUAGAUUUUUUUUUUUUGCUUUGGUUUUGAAGGAUAAAAUAAAAUGAAUUGUUGGUUGAAUGUAAAAUGUCUGCUUUUCUCGUCUUCUGGUCUUUUAUUUAUCUGUUUUAUGAUAUUGUGUGGAGAAUUUUCGAGUUCUAAUACUUCAAAUUUAGGCCAAAAGUUGAACUCCUUUUCCAUGUUAUAAAUACUCUAGUAUUAAUUCUGCUUUGAUAUUUAGUGAGAUUUGAAAGCAUCAUGAAUUCUUAUAUUGUUUUCUCUGUUUCAUACUUUGAUUGAAAACUUAAUUUUCAACUAUCUUCAUGGGGAUGCAUACGUUAUAAGUUGGCUUCUUCUCUCCUGUUCUCAGUACUCUACAAUACAUUGUUUAGAAGAUGGUUUAAACGAUUCUAAGUUCAAGAAGAAAGAUGAAGAUGGCCGUCCUUCGGUGCUUGGUAGCUGCCACGGAAGAAGAGAGGUUGAUGAAGAUUGACAAUGGCGGUAAGCCAGUAACAACUCCUUGUUUAGGGUCUGUAGCUCGGAGGUUGAUUUGAGUGAUUGAAGAAUUCAAAUCUCCUGAAAAGCUGGAACAAGGACCAGUUUUGGAGUAUUGACUUGAGUGUUGCCAUGUUUGUUGGAGCAUAAAUUCACUGACCUUGAAGAUCUGGGUUUGGUCCUGUGGUGAUAGGAUUAAACGACUCUGAAAAUGUCUAUCAAAACGAUCUGGUUUUUAAUGACAAGGUGAUUUUUUUAUGUUGAUCGUUCUUUUUCUU